AUGCAUGCAUGUAGCAGAAUGCAGACCACCAGGACUCUCCUCAUUUCUCUGGCCCUGAUCUACUACUGUACCAGGAGUCUGGUCAGGCCUGUAUCUGCGUCUAUCCUGAAUGGGUCAGAGAUCCAUUUUGAACAGCCCAUUUCUAGCAGUACGCCUCUCCAGCUGGCCAAUCGGGAGUUCCAGACCAGUGCUAUUUCCUGGGACAUCAACACAGCUGCCAAGUUCAUUGGUGCUGGGGCCACCACAGGUGGGGUGGCUGGCUCGGGGGCAGGAAUUGGGACAGUGUUUGGCAGUUUAAUCAUCGGCUAUGCCAGGAACCCAUCCCUCAAGCAGCAGCUCUUCCAUGCCAUCCUGGGCUUUGCCCUGUCUGAAGCUAUGGGGCUCUUCUGUUUGAUGGUAGCUUUCCUCAUCUUCUUCGCCAUGUGA